AGAGAGAGAGAGAGAGAGAGAGAGAGUGAGUGAGAGUGAGAGAGGGAGAGUUCUUGGUUCAGCUCCCAUGGCGUGAAUCGAGUCGCGGGGAUCCGAAACCAAAACCCUAGCAGCUACACUCUCUCCGCUUCGCCUCGGAUCACGAAGAGAAGAGGAGCGGAAUCCUCUAUCGCUCGGUGUCGAUCUAUCCUUCCGGAUUCGCGAAACCCUAGAAAGACUCGAAUCCGCGGAUCUGAUCACGGACGUACCAGGGGAUCGCUGUUGCGAUGUGAGGAGCAAAAUCGGUACCCUGCGUACGAAUCGGAUCGGUCGUUAACACCCGAUCUCUUUCGUUUCCGCUGUUCCAUCCACUGUUUGUUGUAAUGGAGACCGAUUUUUCGGCGCCGAUCGGAGGAAAAGCUGCGGAUUUGGCGAGAUCCCUGCGUCAGGGGCUUUAAUCGAGCUCCAUUUGUAGAGGAAUCGCCUUUAUCGGCUUUGCUGUUCGGUUUUCGAACGAAUCGGAGCGCCUCCGAUUCGAACCGCCGAGUUCGGCUGAGUUGUACUGGGUUUGUUUUUUUCUAUAAAAAUAUAUAUGUGUACAUGUACUAUUGUUGUUCGAAUCGCGUCUCGCUUCCUCCGUAUGUAGCUUCGGAGAACGAGAACUCACAGAUGGAGCGGAAUGUUUUGGCUUAAAAUAUUUUAAAGAGAGGAAAAGGAGAUUCCUCAAUAGAAGAGAAAAGAAAAAGCUAAAAUUUUUAUAAAGGAAAAAAAAAAAUAAAGAAAAAGCUUAGCUUGGAAUCUUCAAAGGCAUCUGCUGAUAAAGCUUUCUAUUUAUUUGAGGGUUUCGCGCUCGUCGCACUGUUUUAUAUAUUGUUAACCCUGCAAGGAGAGUCUCUGGAAGGGUUUUAAUCUUCAUUUAUAUCUCCGAUCUCGAAGACCCGGUCUUUCUUGUGUUUGCUGUUGUCUACGUAUUUGAGGUAAAGGAAACCGAUAUUCCGGAGAAGAAGAAACCCUCAAAUUCCCUUAAUUGUUGAAGAGUUUAAAAGGAACCCGACCUCUGUUGUGCCGCGAAUGGUAAAAAGGAGAAAAAAAUUGCAGCUUUGGGUAGUUUUCGAUAACCGAGUUUGAAUUCACAAAGUUGGUUUUGCGGCAUCUGUGUAAGGAGCUUUGUAGUGAAGAGGAUGAUGGUUGUGUCUUCUUGCAAGGAAGGGAAGGGUGGUAUGGAUCCUGGGAAGUACGUACGCUAUACGCCGGAGCAGGUCGAGGCGCUAGAGAGGCUCUACCAUGAGUGCCCAAAACCGAGCUCGAUGCGGCGGCAGCAGCUGAUCAGAGAGUGCCCUAUUCUCUCUAACAUAGAGCCUAAACAGAUUAAAGUUUGGUUUCAGAAUAGGAGGUGCAGGGAGAAACAGCGGAAGGAAUCGUUCCGGCUUCAGGCCGUGAAUAGGAAGCUAACUGCGAUGAACAAGCUGUUGAUGGAGGAGAACGAUCGUUUGCAGAAGCAGGUUUCUCAGUUGGUUUAUGAGAACAGCUACUUUCGACAGCAGACUCAGAAUGCUGCUAUUACGACUACAGACACAAGCUGUGAUUCUGUGGUGACAAGUUCUCGACACCAUUUGACACCCCAACACCCACCACGAGAUGCUAGCCCUGCUGGACUUUUGUCUAUAGCGGAGGAAACAUUAGCAGAGUUUCUAUCAAAGGCCACUGGAACUGCUGUUGAGUGGGUCCAAAUGCCUGGGAUGAAGCCUGGUCCGGAUUCCAUUGGAAUCGUUGCUAUCUCACAUGGUUGCGCUGGUGUGGCAGCACGAGCUUGCGGCCUUGUUGGCAUCGAACCUGCAAAGGUUGUAGAAUUCCUCAAAGACCAACCGUCAUGGUCUCGUGACUGUCGGUCGGUGGAUGUUGUGAGUGUACUGACCACUGGAAAUAAUGGAACCGUUGAACUGCUUUACAUGCAGCUAUAUGCUCCAACAACACUGGCUCCUGCUCGUGACUUGUGGUUGAUGCGCUAUACAUCAGUUCUUGAAGAUGGAAGCCUUGUGGUCUGUGAAAGAUCACUUAAUAACACACAAGGCGGUCCAACAAUGCCAUCUGUGCAGCCUUUUGUCAGGGCGGAAAUGCUUCCUAGCGGCUACCUUAUAAGACCCUGUGAUGAUGGUGGCUCUGUUAUACACAUUGUUUAUCAUAUGGAUUUGGAGCCUUGGAGCAUCCCUGAAGUUAUACGACCACUGUACGAAUCAUCCACUAUGCUUGCUCAAAGGACGACUAUGACGGCUUUACGCCAUCUUAGGCAGAUUGCACAUGAAGGUUCGCAUUCUAUUGCUACAGGGUGGGGUAGGCGACCUGCAGCCCUAAGAGCACUUAGCCAGAGACUAGGCCGGGGUUUCAGCGAAGCUAUUAAUGGCUUUGCCGAUGAGGGGUGGUCAGCUGCCAGUAAUGACGGCGCAGAUGAUGUGACCAUCCUUGUCAAAAACUAUGGUUUCACAAACGAAUUUUCAAUGUGUAAUGCUGUGCUGUGUGCCAAGGCAUCAAUGCUUUUACAGAAUGUGUCUCCUGCAAUGCUCCUGAGAUUUCUAAGAGAGCACCGGUCAGAAUGGGGAGACAGUAAUAUGGACGCAUUCUCUGCUGCAGCGCUAAGAGCCAAUUCAUGCAAUUUUUCAGUGCCUCAUAUUGGACCAUUUGGUGGUCAGGUCAUAUUACCACUAGCUCAUUCACUUGAUAAUGAAGAGCUUCUAGAGGUGCUUAAAUUGGAAAAUAUUGGCUAUUAUCGAGAUGCCCUUGUGCCUCGUGAGCUACUUCUCUUGCAACUUUGUACUGGACUGGACGAAAAUGCUGUAGGCACCUGGUCUGAGCUUAUAUUUGCUCCAAUAGAUGCCUCUUUGGCUGAUGAUGCUCCAUUGUUGCCUUCUGGUUUCCGGAUUAUUCCUAUUGACUCUAUAAUGGACACUUGCAGUCCUAGUAAUAGGACACUGGAUCUUGCCUCUACUCUUGAAGUUGGACCAACAGGAACCAGAGUUUGUGGAGAUCCUUCUGGCCGUUAUUCAGCCACGAGAUCUGUAAUGACAAUUGCAUUUCAAUUUGCAUUUGAGAGCCACCUACAAGAGAAUGUGGCAUCCAUGGCUCGACAUUAUGUGCGCAGUAUUAUAUCCUCUGUCCAAAGGGUUGCAUUGGCUCUCUCACCUUCACGUAUUGCUUCUCUUGGUGGCCUGUGUGCACCACCAGGAAGUCCGGAAGUGCUGAUGCUUGCUCGUUGGAUUUGUGAAAGCUAUAGGGGUCAUUCUGGAGUCGAACUUCUUAAACCUACUACUGAGGGCAACGAACCACUUCUCAAAUCACUUUGGCACCACUCAGAUGCUGUUGUUUGCUGCUCGGUGAAGGAUGCGCCCAUCUUCAUGUUUGCGAACCAGGCAGGUCUUGACAUGCUUGAGACAACAUCUGUAGCCUUGCAAGAGAUAACUCCAGAGCAGAUAUUUGAUGACAAUGGAAAGAAGACUCUCUGCAAUGAAUUCCCUCAGAUAAUUCAGAAGGGUUUUGCCUGCGUCCAAGGCGGUCUGUGCGUUUCAAGCAUGGGUCGGCCUGUCUCUUACGAGAAAGCUGUCGCGUGGAAGGUGUUGAAUGAUGAAGAUGAUACCCAUUGCAUCUGCUUCAUGUUUGUUAACUGGUCCUUUAUUUAGCUUACAACUCAACUCAAAACGGUAAAAAGACAAACUUAUAUUUCACCGAUUGCCGCUUUUUGCUCUCACUUGCUGCAAAGCUUUCCGCCUCCUCGUUCGGACUACAGAAUGCUCAUUGCUUUGGCUUGCUCUGCAUUUACAGUGCAUAAGUUAUAUAUACCCAAUACCGGUGUACCGUGGUGCCCUACUGUGCCCAGUUUGUGUGAAAACUGUUUGUCCUGAAAAAGUAUUUUUGGUUUCAUUGUAAUUUGGGAUGUAAUUUCAAACGAUUAGUGUUCUCUGUUCUCCGUGUGAAUCCCUUUCGUACAUUCGAAGCGACGCGAUGAAUUCAAGUGCCUUUGAAAUUGUUGGUCCUAUGGUUAGUGUAUACUCCGGCACCGUUCCGUUUCAGUUGGCAACAAUUUCAUAGUGAAAGGGCUAGUCUGAGGUAUCGGUAUUGUGCACAACUAUAAGAUUGCAGCAGGUAAAGAUGAAAGGAAUAAUUAAGACAGGAAUGUGAGGAUGGUUUUUGUA